AUGGAUUCCUUGCCAGUUCGCGUUCACCCAGGCUCAUCAGCAGCCAAGCCUACGAGCGAGACUGACUUAGAGAGUCUCUCCCCGUUUGGCAUCGCUCGUGCGACUGUUAACGAUAACCCCUUGAGCGAUGAUGAGGUACGCAAAUACAAUACCUACUUCCGGGCGACGAUGUACCUCUGCCUCGGCAUGAUCUAUCUGAGAGACAACCCGCUGCUCAAGGAACCACUCAAGCUCGAGCACAUCAAGGCCCGACUGCUUGGACACUGGGGAUCCGACGCCGGACAAAGCUUCACGUACAUGCAUUUCAACCGUCUGAUCAAGAAGUACGAUCUCGACUCUUUCUUCAUUUCGGGGCCCGGCCAUGGUGCUCCUGCUGUUCUGGCCAACGCUUACCUCGAGGGCACUUACUCCGAGGUCUAUCCAGAUAAAUCAGAGGAUGCAGAAGGCAUGCGGCGCUUCUUCAAGCAGUUCAGCUUCCCUGGGGGCAUCGGCAGCCAUGCUACUCCAGAGACGCCUGGAUCUAUCCACGAAGGGGGUGAACUCGGAUACUCCAUCUCGCAUGCAUUCGGCGCUGUAUUCGACCACCCGAAUCUCAUCGCUCUCACCAUGGUCGGCGACGGCGAGUCCGAGACCGGCCCGCUGGCUACAAGCUGGCACAGCACCAAAUUCCUCAAUCCCAUCACGGACGGCGCUCUCCUCCCUGUGCUGCAUCUGAACGGCUAUAAGAUCAACAACCCUACCGUGCUGGCCCGCAUCAGCCACAAAGAGCUAGAGAGCCUGUUUAUCGGCUACGGCUGGACGCCUUACUUUGUUGAGGGCAGUGACCUGGGCAGCAUGCACCAAGCCAUGGCCUCCACUCUGGAGCGCUGCGUUACCGAGAUCCAGAAGUACCAGAAAGAGGCGCGCGAGUCCGGCAAAUCCUUCCGUCCCCGAUGGCCCAUGAUCGUCCUACGUACUCCAAAGGGCUGGACAGGACCGCGUAAGCUCGGAGAACAUUUCCUGGAAGGCUUCUGGCGAUCCCAUCAAGUACCAAUCCCGGAUGUUGCUUCCAAGACGGAGAGUCUCAAGAAGCUGGAGGAGUGGAUGCGCAGCUACAAGCCAGAGGAACUGUUUGACGAGCAUGGCAAGCUCAUGCCGGAGCUAAAGGAGCUGACGCCCACCGGAGACAAACGUAUGAGCGCCAAUCCGGUUGCCAAUGGGGGCACCCUUCGCACGAAGUUGCGCAUCCCGGACUUCCGCGACUUCGGGAUCGACAUCAACAAGAAACCCGGCGCGAUUGAAGCGGGCAGCAUGUCCAACUUCGCCGUCUUCCUGAAAGAAAUUGUCCGGAAGAACGAGACCAACUUCCGCGUUUUCGGACCAGACGAGACCGAAUCAAACAAGCUUGGCGCGAUCUACGAAGCCAGCAAGAAAGUCUGGCUGGGCGACUACCUCGACGAGGACGCCGACGGCGGCAACCUCGCGCACGCGGGCCGCGUCAUGGAGAUGCUCAGCGAGCACACCGUGGAGGGUUGGCUCGAGGGCUACAUCCUAUCCGGGCGGCACGGCUUUCUUAACAGCUACGAGCCCUUCAUCCACAUCAUCGACAGCAUGGUCGGGCAGCACUGCAAAUGGCUCGAGAAGUGCGCCGAGGUCGAGUGGCGCACGCCCAUCGCCUCGCUCAACAUCCUCCUGACAGCCACCGUCUGGCGCCAAGACCACAACGGCUUCACGCACCAGGACCCAGGCUUCCUGGACGUCAUCACCAACAAGUCCCCGGACGUGACGCGCAUCUACCUCCCGCCGGACGGCAACUGCCUGCUCUCGGUGGCAGACCACUGCUUCCGCUCGUCCAACUACGUCAACGUCAUCGUGGCGGACAAGCAGAACCACCUGCAGUACCUAGACAUGGACGCCGCAAUCGUGCACUGCACCAAGGGCAUCGGGAUCUGGGACUGGGCGUCCAACGACUCCGGCGGCGAGCCGGACGUCGUCAUGGCAUGUUGCGGGGACGUGCCGACACACGAGACGCUGGCCGCCGUCGCGCUGCUGCGCGAGCACCUCCCCAAGCUCAAGAUCCGCGUCGUCAACGUCGUGGAUCUGUUCAGGCUGAUGCCGCAGUUCGACCAUCCGCACGGGCUGAGCGACGUCGAGUUCCGCGCCCUGUUUACCGACGACAAGCCCGUCGUGUUCAACUUCCAUAGCUAUCCCUGGCUGAUCCACAAGCUGACAUAUCGCCGCAAGGGGCAGGCGAAUCUGCACGUGUGUGGGUAUAGGGAGAAGGGGAAUAUCGAUACGCCGCUCGAGCUCGCGAUCAGGAACAGGACGGACAGGUUUAGUUUGGCCAUCGAUGCUAUUGAUCGGAUUCCGGGGCUGGGGAACAGAGGCGCGGGCGCCAGGGAGGCAUUAUUGAACCAGCAGAUUGUGGCCAAGAACUAUGCGUAUCAUGAGGGGGUGGACUUGGCGGAGUUGAGGGAGUGGAGGUGGCCGUUUUGA